AUGGCUAUUAGUUCAACCUCCCCAGUCACUGCGGCCCUUGCUCGCCUCGGUCUCGUCAAACGAUGCAAGCAAGGUGGAACGAGUGAGCCUUCCUCGCUGCUUCUGGCACUGACUCCAGUUCGCAUCGGACUUAUCCGCAGCGACGGCUUGUCACUUCAAACGAUCUUCCCUCACAACGUCAGAGCCAGGGAUCUGCUCAACGUAUGGAGGCAUUACCUUGAAACGUUAGAUGACAGUGUUACCGUCGACAUCGAUCGGAUCGAUCUUAGUGGUCCCAUUCAACCCCAUACGGAAGUCCGUCAACUCCUGUUCACCGAUGAAGCGAGUGCUAGUCCUGAUGAGGUCGACAUCUCUCUUCGUGUUGUUCGCAAGGCUCAGCACAGGCCUAAGAGCUGGCGCCGGUCGAUGCUAUCUAGCGUACAUGAGCCGCGUGCGGUCGAGAUCAUCCACCUCAAUGUCAUCAAUGAGUGGAAUAUUCCUAUCUGCUGCCUCGACGUUCCCCGCCAUAUCAAGAUCAAGAACCUGAAGUUCAUCAUAGAGAAGAACACGAGCUACUUGGCCCCGGCCCAGGUUCUGUUCAACUCUGAAAACGUCGACGAUAACAAGUGCCUCAACGACUACGUCAGGCCAGGGAAGACUUACGCCGGGCUCUUCGUCAAGCUUGAUCUCCAGAAGCAGGUUUCGCUUCCCGGGGGACGGAAGAAGCUGAUCACCAUUCACAAUCAGUGUUUGGACAACCUUGAUAUGCCGGACAGCCAAUAG